AGUUUUGCACUCACCACAAACACACAGCGAAAAAAGAGCUACACUGAGAUGGCAGAAACUGCAGUGUCCUUGGCUCGUGAGCAUUUGCUUCCAAAAAUUGUGGAAGCUGUGAAAAUGCUUAGAGAUCUCCCAAAAGAAGUUGCAGACAUUACAGAAGAACUGGAGAGCUUUCAAGAUUUCAUAAAUGAUGCAGAUCAAGUGGCUGAAGCUGAAGAAGAUGAUGGUAGGCGUGAUAGAAUCAAAAAAAGGGUGAUGCGGUUGAGAGAAGCAGCUUUCCGCAUAGAAGAUAUCAUCGACAAAUUCUCGAUUCAUGACGAAAACAAUCCUCACGAUCCUCGAUGUGCAGCUUUACUCUGUGAGGCUGUUGAGUUCAUCAAAACUCGGAUCCUUCAACUUCAAGUAGCAUAUAAGAUUCAGGAUGUGAAAUCACUUGUUUGUGCUGAAAGAGAUGGCUUCCAAAAGCAAUUUCCUUUACCAACAAAACCGAGUGGUUCUAGAGGAAAUCAGAAUGUCACAUGGCACAAGCUUCGAAUGGAUCCUCUAUUUAUUGAGCAAGAUGAGGUUGUGGGCUUUGAGAGUCCAAGACGUACGUUGAACAAUUGGUUGAUAGAGGGACGAGAAGAGCGCACUGUCAUCUCUGUUGUUGGUUUGGCAGGAGUUGGAAAAACCACUCUUGCUAAGCAAGUUUUUGACAAUGUCCAUAACCACUUCGAGUGCCAUGCAUUGAUCACAGUGUCUCAAUCCUACACUGUAGAAGGACUCCUCAGGGAUAUGUUGCACCAGUUUUGUAAAGAAAAGAUGGAGAAUCAUCCUGCAGAUGUUUCUACCAUGGAUCGAAGAUCGUUGAUUGAAGAAGUCAGAAAGCAGUUGCGCAACAAGAGGUAUGUUGUCAUGUUUGAUGACGUGUGGAAUGAAAAAUUUUGGGAUGAUGUUGAAUCUGCUGUAAUUGAUAAUAAAAAUAAAAGUAGAAUAUUAAUUACAACCAGAUAUGAGAAGGUUGCAGACUUCUGUAAGAAAUCUUCUUUUAUUGAAGUGCAUAAGCUAGAAGAACCUUUAAGUGAAGAAGAAUGUUUCAGAUUGUUCUGUAACAAGGCAUUUAAGUAUGGUUCUGAUGGACGUUGUCCAGAAGAACUUAAAGAUAUUACUCUUGAAAUUGUUAGAAAGUGUAAAGGUUUACUUCUAGCAAUUGUGGCCAUUGGUGGUCUUUUAUCUCAGAAAGAUUUUUGUGCACAUGAACGGAUAUUGUUUAGUCAAAAUCUAAGUUUAGAGUUGGAGAGGAAUUCUGAGUUAAACAGUAUAAAAAAGAUUUGAAGUUUAAGUUACUAUGAUUUUCCAUACAUUCUCAGAUCAUGUUUAUUGUAUUUUGGAAUGUAUCCAGAAGAUUAUGAAGUUAAAUCUAGUAGAUUGAUUAGGCAAUGGGUAUAGGUGAAGGGUUUGUCAAAUGUGAAACCGGAAAAACUUUGGAAGAAGUUGGGCAACAAGAGUUAUCAAGGUUGAUCCGUAGAAGUUUGGUACAAGUAUCUUCAUUUAGCAUUGAUGGCAAAGUUAAAGGAUGUCGUGUUCAUGACUUAAUACAUGACAUGAUCCUUAGAAAAGCUAAGGAAACAAGGUUUUGUCAGUAUUUUGGUGAGCAUAAUGAAUCAGUGUCAAGUGGGAUAGUUAGACGUUUAAUAAUAACAAUGGAUUCCAAUGAUUUAGUUGGAAUUGAAAGAUCACACAUUCGAUAAAUUCUAAUUUUCACAAAGAAACUGUUAUCCGAACAUUUCAUGGGCGAAAUCCUUGCAAAAUACAUGCCGCUGAAGGUACUUGAUUUUGAAGAUUUAUUUAUGUUUCCUAAUUUUAACAAUGUUUGAUCAUUAAAUUUUCUUGAAGCUUAUUUAGGGAAUUUAAUUAACUUGAAGUAUGUAAGCUUCCGGAAUUCUAUGAUAGAAAGUCUUCCAAAAUCCAUCGGUAAGCUCAAGAACUUGGAGUUCUUGGAUUUACGAGGAACAAUGGUGUUUCACAUACCAAAGGAAAUUAGUAAGAUUAGAAAACUAUGUCAUCUUUUGGGUGAUAAAAUAUCUUUUGUUGCAACGAAAGAGCGUCUUGGAAGCAUGACAUUCCUCGAAAAGAUACGCUACUCAAAGUAGAUCACAACGGAGAGGUACAACUACAAGUUCUGAAUAUUAAGGAUAUGCCAUCUGUGUUUGAGGAUAGCAUUGCUGAGUAUGGAGGACAAGAUCAUUGGAUGAUCAGGCAUGUGCCACGUGUACAAUUUAAGUACUCUUAUUUUGAAAUUGUGGGGAGAAGUAUGCUUAUUGACCCAAGUCCGCUUACCAGUCCGAAUAACCAGCAGUACGGGUGGUUACAGGUCCAAUUUUUUAGGUCUCCCAAAUUCAUGGCCUUAGUCCGCAAUUUCUAUUGAGUAGCCCAUU